AUGAGGUUGUGGCAGUGGCUGCCUAUGUGCAUGUGGAUGUGGCUGGCUGAGUUGGGGACCGGAGAAGCAGCACCCAGAGGAGAUGGCACCUGGGCCUCAGGACUGGGAGUCAGCCCCCAGCUCGUCGUAGACAGGCCUGAUUUCUUUGAUUACCCAGACUCAGACCAGGCUAGCCUCCUUGCUGUAGCCCAGUUCAUCGGAGAGAAGCCCGUGACCUUUGUUAGGGCAGAUUCCGGCUCCCAGCUCUUCCAGCACAUCCUGGUGGGCGCCCUGGUGGUGGGCUUCUUCUUCCUGCUCUUCCAGUUCUUCACGCAUGCGAGCUUCCAGAAAGGGGCCUGA